AUGCCGAGUGCCUGGAGCACGCACGUGACGAAAGAGGGGCGGACGUACUACUACAACCGCCACACGAAGCAGAGCGCGUGGGAGAAACCAGACAGCGCUGAUGAAGACGAGACGAGCGCUUUGGCUGCGGCAGCAGCAGUGACGUCGUCGUCCGUCUCUGCUACUGCUAUUGCUAUUGCUGCUGCUGCUGCUGGUUCGGAUGCGACAAGUGGCGAGUGGGAGGAGCUGUGGGACCCGAAGAACGCGCGCGCGUAUUACUACAACCGCACGAUCCGUAAGACGCAGUGGCAACGGCCGGAAGGCGUGACGAUCAAGUCGUAUGCAGCAGCUGUCGGGAAAGAGAAGCGACAUGAGAAGCACCACCGCAACCACAAGAGCAAGAAGAGCAGCAGUGAGGUCGCAUGUAUUCAAGUACAGAGUGAUCCGAUGGACAAAAAGCUGGCAGCCAUGGAUAGUACAGAAGAACUCAAGUCAAGUGGAGGUGGGACAAAUCACGUGCAAGUCGAGGACGCUGGAAAGAAUGGUGAGACGGUAACGCACUUGAAAAAGCGAAAGAAAAAGUCAAAGAGGGAAAAGGUAGAGUCUGUAGCGAUUGAAAGUCAAUUGAAACGACGUCGACAGCACGAGGAGCGACUUAUUAUUUGUGACGACGAAGAGCUGGACAACAAUAGGACCAAGGACAUUGAGGAGAAGGACACGGAAGACGGUAAGGAAGCGACGAGACUAUUGCAGGAGCUGUCCAAGACAGAUGCUAUUAUGGAGGCCAAUGUGCUGUCAGUGAUUAACGGAUUUUUGAGAGCCCAUACGGAGUCAAAUGGACCCGAGAUUCUUGUGGAGAAACUGUCGUCGUCGUACCGUGGUCAUGCGCAAAUGAUCGGGCUCGUGGCAUCUUGGUUGGACACGUUGCCGGUCCCUCCGACGGCGUUGGAGAACAAGAUGACGUUUGAUGUCAAUGAAGGGGCAGUGGUUGCGCACAGAGGCGCGUCGUGGGAUCCAGCCGAGGAGAUCUUGUUCAAUCAUUUGAAAAAGGUUAUGAACGAAAAUUACGACCCGAAACUUGUGUCGAAUGUGCUGAGUGGGUCGGUAGUCGAACCUGAGUGGCUGACGCAGAUGCUCAGCGACCGCAAGUGGAGGCUCAUGCUUAUCGAGCUAGCGGAUACACACAAGACUUGUACUCUACUGCAGUACGCAAUUCGACGGAUUUCCGAAGCAGGUCACCACAAGGAGAUUGCGUCGAUCACUAGCGCGAACGCUUUUUUCCCAGUAUUUAGCGGCGUAUUAGUGGAUGCACUCAGUCGGAUUCCAUUUGCCGACGAAGAGGAAGUGGUAGAAGAUAUCGCUGCUCUGAAUAAGAUUUGCUGCCAAUCUUCGCACUCGUAUGCGUACGCUCAGGAGCUUCUGGGUUGUAUCGACGACAAGCUGUUUUCGAUACAAAGUGGUGUCGGCGCUGAGAGCCCAGAGUAUUCUCACAUUCACGUGGUGCGCUCUAAGCUGAACCGUGUGCGUGGUGAGCUUCAAGAGACGGCGAAUAGCAGGUUUGGGGAAAAAAUUGUUCCGUUCCACAUUUUGCACCGGCGAUACAUACACGACGCGAACCCAACGUUUUGUGACGCGAUUUUGUCAAUCGUCAAAACAAAGAAAUGCUCUGAGCUGAGCGCAGAGGCUCUAGUAAAGGCGUACCAGACGUCAGAUAUCCCGCCUCCGGUUGCCCACCUGCGAGACCCUAUGGUCCUAUCAAGUCUGCUUGAUCGACUAUUUAACCCGACCACCUUGACUUCGCCGGCAUUUGUGCAAAAUUGUGUGUUCCUCUUAGCAUAUGCAGCGUCUACGAAAGACGAACGGAGCUUACUGCAAACUGGAGUUAAAGAACUGUCCCAUGAUGUCAAAGCCGAUGAUGAUGGUCUUACUGUAACGAAGAAAGCCCUUGUUGAGGCCUCAGCAAUAUGCAAGUCAGAUCACACUUUUGGUUAUAAUAUGAACCAGUCGGGUGUGGUGGACAAGCUGAUUUCGGUGAUGUCUGCGCCUGUUGUAUCAAUGGGCGUGUUGCACUGGCUGGAAGUAAUCCUCACGUCUCCUGGGUUCUUCAGUAGCACGCCUUUGCACAUAUGCUUCCCCAGCCUGCUCCGGAUACUAAAGGCGUCUAUCAAGCUUCACGUUGCACAAUGGCCAAUCUCUUUUAGUGUGCUUGUGACAUCGCUUCGGUUGCAUCCUGAGAAUAAUCCGGUGAAGGCACUGGAGCUGAAGCGAGAAACACUUCGGUGCAUGGUGUUUAUGAUCACUAGUGGGUACGUGCUGCCGGUAUUGGAGUUCGUCUAUACCAACACUUUGGAGCUCGAUCAGGCAUUGCUUCGAAAUUUCAUCUCGAUGCUGCUCGCACGAAUCGCGCCGCCGUUCUCACCAAAGUUUUCGGUGGCGUUGACGAAAAUUUUGACGCACCCGAAAGUGCAGACUGCAAUAAAGUUGUGCCCAGCCGAGAGCAAGGCAAAGUUGCGGAGCUUCGUGGGCUUCUGUAAGAAAAACCCGGGCGUGUUGUCGUCGGAACAGUUGCACUCACUGGCUGUCGUCCAGGAAGGACGAGAUUAA